GCUGCUGCAGCAGUUGGAAUCAGUUGUUAGUGAGACGUUGUGCGAGUAACAAGUGUUCUUUCUCAAACCAUUCCGCGCGACUACGCGACAAAAUUUACGACGCGACGUUCGAUUCCGUGCACGCGAAAGCGCAAUUUGGAGAGUGCGAUCCGAGAAGAGUGAAGAAAGGGACAAAAAGGGGUGGCAAAACAAAAAAAGAAAAAAAAACGGCCGCGGUGAAAGUCGGCAAGUAAAAGUCAUCCGGCAGCAUCGGCAUACGAAGGAAUUGGUGGAAAUCUUGACGAGAAAUGCGCAGAAUGACCGAUGAAUGAGGAGGCAUCAUCGUCAUCAUAACCGUCAUCGUCAGUGGAUCGGGCCUUUGUGGAAAUUUGGAUCUGCCCGCGCCCCGCAGGUCGACUCUGCCGGCGAAUGCCGAAGAAAGUGAAAGAAAAUAAAAGUGAAUAACCGAAAAGUGAGUCUCGUUUUGGUGUUGUGUUUCCAAGUUGCCGAAGAAACCGGAAGUUGAGUGAACGACGACGACGUUUCUGGUGUACGGUAGAGUAGAGCAAACCGAAGAAGAGCAGCAGUACUUAUUUGCACAAAAUUAGCGAGUGAGUGGAAGCAGUUUGGCUUGAUUGGCAACAAAUACGAAGCCGAAGCAAAAUUGGUGAAAUUGUGUUCCAAAGGAAAACAGAAAACGUAAGAUCACUUACCUCGGAUUGGAUUGAAAUAAUCUCCGGUGGCAAGUGAAGCUAGUUUCGUCGUCUAUACUUGCGAUAGUUGAGAACCCCCUCCUCGUCGGCUGGUCAAACGUACCGUGCAGGGGCUUUGUUCGUACGACCAAACCGAGCCAAGUCCAGUCCAGGUUGGUCCUAUGAAAGAAGAUGCGAGAAAUGAAUCGAUUGGUGGACGGAUGCAGCAGUAAGAAGCUGGUGCGAUUUUGCAGCAGCAGCAGGAGACAUGGCGACGAAUCCGACAAUGACUGCAGCAGCAGCUACAGCAUCCAUUGCAGCAGAAUUCGGCGGAGGUCCAUGCUGUUGCUGUUGGUUGUUGGACUGCUGGGCACGCAGGUCGUCGCUUGCAGUAGUACACCAUUAGAAGAUAGUAGUAGUAGUGAAACCAUAGAAUUAACAGCAUGUCAGCAUCUGCGCCGAGCGGAGUCCCGCCGCGCCAAGUCCCUAGGCGAUAGUUUGCUUCACUCGGUGCGAAUACCGCGCUGUACGGCACUGGGCGACUUCGAGCCGGUGCAGUGUUCGAACGAGCUGAACGGAACCGAGUGCUGGUGUGUGGAUGAGUACGGUGUCGAGCUUACCGGUAGCCGGAGGCCAAGUGCCGAUGAUGUCAACUGUACCGUGGUCGAGACCCGCUGUCAAGCAUCCAGCUGCCGGAUGUUCUGUCCGGCCGGAUUCGCCCGGGAUUUCAACAGUGGCUGUCCGAUAUGCAAGUGUCGUGAUCCCUGCGACGGAAUCCAGUGCCCCCGGGGACAGCAGUGUGAACCGCAGGAGGUUGCCUGUAAGAAUGAACCGUGCCCUCCGGUGCCGACCUGUCGCAAGGCUCGCUCUUUGGCCGAUCUGUGCCCGGCAGGGCAACCACUCGCUAUCAGCGGUACUGUUCGACCGUUCCUUUGCGGAAACGAUCCCGGAAAACCUAGCUGUCCGCCACUGUAUCGCUGUCUAGUCCAAUCCGGUAACGAUUAUGGUGUGUGCUGUCCAGCCUCGCUGCAAUUCGAGAAACCCGGGGCCUGUCCAAAACCCGAAGAGAUCAUGUCAACCGACAGUACCGGAUUCCUCUGUGGGACGCCAUGCGGUCACGAUUUGGAGUGUCCUCAAAUGCAGAAGUGCUGCACAUCGAAUGGCUGUGGCCGCAACUGUCAGCAACCGCAUAAUGUAACAGUUUGUCAUCAAGCUCGAAUGCUUUCCGAGCUGCUGUCAGUUAACGAACGCGAAGGCCGAGGAUAUGUUCCGCAGUGUGACGGUCCUGGAGGUGGCUUCUCCACCCGUCAGUGUUCCCGGAAUGGAUUGGUUUGUUGGUGCGUUGAUCCGAAGAAUGGUAACAAGAUCAAGGGAACGAUGGGAGCUGCUCAGAUGGUCAACUGUGAUGGUAUUGAGAACAUGAUCGGUCGAAGUGGUGGUCGCAGUGUCGAUGGUUCCCAAGGUUUGUGUGAUCACAACAUCUGUGCUGCCGUGUGUGAGUACGGUUUCAAAAACGAUCACAACGGCUGUCCGACUUGCGAAUGUUCCGAACCGUGUGAGGGAUUCAUCUGUCCAUCCGGUUCGCAUUGCGAAGUUGCCAAAGAUCCCAAGUGCACCUCGUUCUCCGGCCUGUGCUCCUCCGAACCGAUCUGCAAACCGGACUUAGUGUACUCCAAUCCGUGCGAAAUGGGUACUCCACUAGCGGACAAUGUCACGGGUGAACUGCUGUACUGUCAUCGAGAUCGUCCCAAAAACCGCGAGUAUCAGAGCCGAACGUUUUUCGAUGACGACGAUGAGCUAGAAGAUACGGUAGGCCGAAAGCGUUCCCUGUCCAAUACGAUCAACUGUCCGGAAACGCACGAGUGCAUGAAGCUGCAUGGUGAAACGGGCAGUGUUUGCUGCCCGUUGGAAAAUGACACCGUUCCUGUGGCGGAAAGUCGGCAACAAUCAAUGUGCGAAUACCUGCGGGACUUUUCGGAUCGCAUGGAGGGAACGGUCGAGGGUAUGGAGUUGGCCUUGCCACCCCCGGUUUGCGGUCUAGAUGGGGGCUACGAAGCCGUUCAGUGUACCCGCCGGAAGGCACGGGUAAAUCGUUCCGACCAGCGGCGCUAUCUGGAGCAGAACAACAUCCGCCAGAUGAGAAAGCUGCUAGAGGAAGCCCGGCGUGUUCGGCGGGAGGCGGCUCCGAAUCAGAAUUUGAAGCUGGUCAAGGUGGAUGAUGUGUACGAAACGGCUAGGAUGCAACCGGAUGUCGAGCUGAUGACGUUGCUGCCCCAGAGAACCGCCGAGGAUCUUGAAGUUCAGGAAAGAUCUGCGAAAAUAAUAGAUUUCAACCGAUUGGAAUCCAAGAACGCCAAUGCAAACCUCGAUAAACCGAUUGUUAAACCAUCCACGCUGCUAAAGAAACCGGCUGUGCUGAACGACGAUCUGGUGGAGAUCGACAUCGAGGAAUGUUGGUGCGUUGAUAACUUUGGUACGGAAAUCCCCAAAACCCGUGGCAUGAACGCUACCAAGAAAACGUGUGAAGAUCUGAGAGAGUCUCUCGGUUGUCUGGAUUUGACCUGCCGAAUGGGAUGUGAUUACGGGUUCAUUCUGGACACAGACAGUCAGUGUCCGUCUUGUGAGUGCCGUGAUCCCUGCGACAGUGUCAACUGUCCGGAGGGACAAGAAUGUAGAUCGGUGGAAGUUUCCUGCGAAGGUGAAUACUGUCCACCCGUUCCCGCCUGUUUCCCGAAAAAGCCCGGACAAUGUCCUUUCCUGGUGCCACCGGGAAGUGAAAAUGCCGAGUCCGAUUCGUGUGAGUACGAAUGCCGAACCGAUUCUCAUUGUGAGGCAACCAAACGUUGCUGUUCCAAUGGAUGUGGAACCCAGUGCGUUGAACCGCAGCUGAAGACUGCCUGUCAACACUUGCAAACUAUUCAACUUCAUCAAGCUAGCGAACUGGGAGUUCCACCGAAGCAGAAGUACAUUGCACAGUGCGAUGUCGAUGGUAGCUACCGGACGAUUCAGUGCGGCCCGGGAAAUACCUGCUGGUGCGUGGAUGAAUACGGCAACGAGAAAAGCGGAACACGAACCACGGGUACUCAACCGAACUGUGAAAUCUAUUCUAGAACCGAAUGCCCCCUGAGGAAGUGUUCACUGUGCGAGUACGGCUACAAAAUCGACUCCAACGGGUGCAAAACUUGCGAGUGCCGUAAUCCGUGCAAUGAAAUAUCGUGUCCUCGGGGCGAAGAAUGCCAGCUGAUUCAGGUGGAGUGCAUUUCGAUACCGUGCCCCAAGAUGCCCAUCUGUGUCCCCAUCCGUGAUUCCGUCUGUCCCGAGGGACUCCCGCUGAAAUCCGGUGGACGCGAAAUCAUCUGCGGUCCGCAGGUCGAUGGCGACGCUUGCCCAUCGACGCACAUCUGUCAGCUCAAUCCGAUCAGCAACCGUGGGUCUUGUUGUGCUAAGACAAGAGAUGUUUGCUUUGAAUCGAUCGAAUCGAGCUGUCUGGCCUCGGAGAUGCAUCUUUCGGACAGUAACGAUCUGGAAAGUGUUACGAAAUGGCGUUUCAGUCCACGGUUGAACAAAUGCGUACCGGUAAAUUUGCCGCGAUCUAGCGUCUGCCAAUCGAAGAACCUGUUCCAUAGUGAGCAAGCCUGUAACGGUGUCUGUCCCGUGCUGUCCCAGUGCGAACGGUUGCGUUUGAAAAAUGCGAUGGCCGCGAAACGUGCUGGACAGCCGAGCACCUGGUUCCAGCCCCGGUGUGAUCCGGAGACUGGUUUCUGGAGCCCGGUGCAGUGCCUGGGAUCUACUGGGCCAAACAAUGGAACAACGACACAGGAAACUCCCAGUCUAGGAGUUUGCUGGUGUGCCGACAAGAAGGGUGCCCCCGUGAAGGGUUCCCUGACCAAGGGCAGCGAGCCACUGUGCAGCAGUCGACAGGCUAGAAGGCGACUGUCGACCAGCGGUGAAGAAUCCAGUGAUCCAGUCAUGGAGGAAUUGAUCCGACAGAUUACAUUCUUAGUAGACGAGAACAACUACAUCGAUGAAGACGUGGAACUGACGGUUCCGUCUGCUAGUGCACCGAACACCAUCGCCAAUUUUGCCCCGGAACCCCGCUACAUCGGUUCGAUUUCGUCCGUCACGGAAAAGAUCAUCGAGAUGGCAAGAACGGAUGACGGAAGCAACUACGUGGAAGAUGUCGUCGGUAAGAAGUUGAUUCCUUCGACGACCCGAUGCCAGGCGCUGAAGCUGGCAGCUUCCUUCCCGGUGGCUUGCGAUGAAAAUGGAGCUUUCGAAUCGACUCAGUGCAACGGGGACACGUGUUGGUGUGUGGAUGCAGCCGGUAAUCAGCUGCCAUUGUCCAGCACGUUCAAACGUGGCUUCCGGCACUGUCUUUUCACGGCAAUCGACGCCGUCGAAAUCGAGCUCCAUUUGAAUAAUCCUCACCAAAGGUUGCUGUUGAAUCUGUACGAAGUGCUUCGCAAUGAUCUUACUGCGAUGAUUGGCAGCAUUUUCGAUAACUAUCGGGUGCAUGAAAACAACGACGGAAGUGUGGUGCUACGUUUCGAUCUAAUAGAAGACAACAAGGUAGACGACGCUUUCGCCAUCGAAGAAAUGGUUCGUGAUCAUGCCUUUGUUCUGUAUCACGGUGCCCUGGUGGCCGAUGUCACUCAGUCUCGCUUUUCGCACAAAAUUUCCGCCAAUCUACCGGUGCCCCAGCAAUCGUCCGGCAUUCCGGAGAACACUUUCCAAACUAUUGUGUUUGUGCUGGCCACGGCAUCUGCGUUCCUGGUCAGCAUCUUGGUGGUAUUUGUAAUGCUCAAGCGGGGUAAAAACAAGAUGAAGCACUACAGCAACGGUAACCGCAUGAUGAGUAUCGGAGCGGAUAAGUAUCUGGACUACAGUUCACCAAUAUUCGUGCUCAGUGCUAACGAUACCAAAUCGCUUCCCGAUCACAAUCACCGAUCUGCUCCUAUGUCCGACGGUCCUGGAACGAAAUAAAACAGCGCUUGAAUGAAAUGGAUGGAACAUGGAAUAGACAUGUUGAAUCAGGUCCGCUUUUGUUUUUUUUUUUCUUUCAAAUACUAUUCCAUUUUCAAUAACAGUUUGACACACUUGUGAAACUUCAAAUGUUACAAAGAAGAGAACAGCAUUUUUCGUAGGCUGCUUAGAACAGUUUAGUCGAGUUUUGUUUUCCGAUUGUGUCAUUGAUUAUUUUGAUCAAAGUAACAUAUGAGAAAAAAACAAACAUUGAAAUGUGGGCCAAAAAGUUUAUCCCUACUAGUUGUGUACAUAAUAAUGAAUAUUGAAUGAAGAACAAAAUCUACUAGAAUAAAGAUCAAAUCAAAACUAACUUUUCUCCUACACACACACAAACACUUUUUCCCAUUUUUACCUCUAAGAAUUUUCAAAAAUAUAUCAUCGGUAGAAUCUUCCCGAAUGCACCGUCAUCGUGUAGAGUUUAGAAAAUACGUUUUAAGGGUACAUGUUUGUAUUUUGACUUUCAUCAGUAUCUAUAUUGGGAGUGGUUUUCAAUUGUUUUCUACUGUUUUUUUUAUUUUUAUUUCUCGAAAUAUUUUCCAUACAACAGUUUAAAUAGCAUGUUGCCGUUUCCUGACCAAACAAUACUUACACGAAAGUACAUGAAGGUGGGAACGGAAGAAGCGUGUUCAGGGUUGUUUUGUAAAUAGUUGAAUUAAUUGAAAAAAGAUUUUUAUUCAGAAGAGGAAAAAACGAACGAACUAGAACUGUUUGGGAUGCUGCAACCAGGCCUGGCCGAAGCGUCGUUAGUGCUGGAAUCGACAUGGUCUUGAAAUCUGUAUUUCAGAGAAUAUUUCGCCCAAUGUCUAAUGGUAGUGCCUAGGCUGUAGGUUUGAGCACUUGAUCAUCAUUAUUGUCGUUUAUUUCUCGCGGGUUGAUCCGUUUUAUUUUUUUGCUUCUAGUUUCGUCGUAGACAAGAUGCUUUUAUUUAUUUAUUUUUCUCUUGUUUAUGAAAAAACGGAACACUGGCAGAAAGAGAAAGAGAGCGAGAGAGAGAGAGGAAGAGAAAAUCAUUUCUACGUUGAUAGUAAUAAGUAUAGAAAACAAAAAUGUAGGCUAUGCUACACUUGUUUUUUGUUUUAUUCUGUAAAUAUAUGUGACGGCAAACCCAAUAAAUUCCGAUGUGAGAACGAGAACUUUGCUCUAUUUCAAUAAAAUUGAAUAAAAUAGUUGAUAUUA